UGGCCCAGCAUGCACCAGGACAACUGCGGCUACCUGUGCAUGAUCAUCCAGCCGGCCACCAAGGAGGACGCCGGUUGGUACACCGUGUCGGCCAAGAAUGAGGCGGGCAUCGUCUCCAGCACCGCCCGCCUCGAUGUGCACGGCCAGUGGCAGCACCCGACGAGCGCGCGGAAGACCAAGUCGCUGCGUCCGUCCAGCAGCCGCUACGCCGCCUUGACAGAGCGCGGCCUGGACGUCAAAGCGGCCUUCUUCCCUGACAGUAGCCCUCUGCCGCCAGGAUCCCUCGUGGAGAGCGAUGACCUGUAGGGGGCGCCACUCCGGCCUUCUUCACACCUUCCUGCUUCUUCUUCUUCCUGUUUUUUUUUUU